AUGGCGGCUCUCGUAGCCGCGUCGCAAGCCACAGAUGUCAGCGACGGCGCGUUUCGUCGACAAAGGAUCCCGAAGUGGUGGAGGAUUGGAAUGGAUGAGCUCCUUCGGUCGCACUGCCGUGAAAUGCGGGCAGUGAUACCUCUUUACCCAAUCGUAGCCGAUCGGCGCUACAGCACGCACACCGCCAUCCUCGAGAACAGCAAGCCAUCUCAACGGAGUCUGACCUCAAACCAUGAGGUCUAUCAGAAAGUGACUGCGCUGGUCGCAGCCUUGAUACAGGAAAUAACAGGCUCUCCUCCACCAUAUGGAACCUGCCCACCGCCCUCUGCAGCCGAGCCUCUGCCUCCUUCACUGUUAUCCGAACCACGUGCCUGCGCCAAAGAUCUUAGCCAGCCCCUGGAGUCUGUCACACCGUCGUGCCGGACGUUGUCACAAAAUUCAGGAAUGGAUUUCAGUAUAGACUUCGGCACUCCGAGUGGUGUACAAACACGCGGCAAAAAGGCCGCAAAGAAGGCCGCGAAAGCGGCUGCGCAGGCCAAAUGGUUUGAAUCAGAUAAUGAAGGAGAAGGAAACGCUGCUGGGGAAGGCGGCGAUGGCGGCGGCGGCGGAGACGGUGGCAACGGAGGAAGUGCUGGUGGCGAUGGUGGCGGAGACGACAACAACGGUGGUGCUGGGGACGACGAUUGGGAUCUCGGUGGCAGCAAAAAGAACAAGAAGAAGAACAAGAAGAAGCAAGAAGAGGAAGAGCGGAAAAGGCAAGAAGAGGAGGAGCAGAAGCAGAAGGAAGAUGCAGAGGCUGCUAACGCUGCUGACCCGCUUAGUUGGGCAGACGAGACAAACAAUGCUGCCGCUGACGACGACUGGACCACAGGGUUCACAACCAAGAAGGAUAAAAAGAAGAAGAACAAAAAGGGGACCGAGGAAUCUCCGGCCAGUGCUGCAUUUCAAGACAUCAGUCUGGAUGACACCGCUCCCAAAUUAGAGUUCAGCUUCGGUUCUGACGAAAAGAAAGAUAGUGGUGGUUUUGGCGCGUGGGGAAAAACUUGGGACUUUGGCUCGCUUGACAAUGAAACCAAAAAGGCCGACGAGAAAUCUUCCAAGAAGGAAGCAGAGAAGAAGGACGGCUCUGCCGACUUCGGUGACAACAAUCCCUGGUCAUCUGGCGCGAACAAGUCAAAGAAGAAAACUUCCACCUUCAGCAACUUUGACUUUGGGAACCUAGACGGUGACAAGACUACUUUCGGUUUUGAUGGUGAUGGUGAUGGUGGAGACACCAAGGUCACGGAUGAUGCUUGGGGGUUUGCAACUGUGGGCAAAAAGGACAAGAAGAAGAAAGGUGCUGCGGAAGAGAAGAAGGAGGACCCGCCGGCACCGGCCGAGCCAGAGCCCAAGGAAGAAGACACAUGGGGUGGCUGGGGUACCUCUACGAAGAAGAAGGACAAAAAGAAGAAAGGGUGGCUGGACGACGACCCUAUUGAGGAGCCGAAGCCAGUUGAACCUGAACCAGCCGCUGAAGACGAGUGGGCGUCGUUCUCUACCAAGAAAGACAAGAAAAAGAGUAAGAAAGGUGCUAUCGUCGAGGAACCUGUGGUCGAGACGAAAGACCCCGGGCUAGAUGUCGGCAGUACGGAUGAUGCUUUCAGCUGGGGGCUAGGGUCCGGCAAGAAGGACAAGAAGGGGAAGAAGGGCUUCAGCACCCUAGACGAUGAUCUUCUGGCGCUUCCCGAUCCUCCAGCUGCACCUGAGCCGGCAGCUGAUGACGGCGACGACUGGAUGGCUUCCGCUUGGGGUUCCAAGAAGAAGGACAAAAAGUCGAAGAAAGGCGCGAUCGAUGAUCUUUCCGCGUCCGUCGAUGUGGGAGCAGUGGAUAAUAAGGGUACCACUGCCGAUUCUCUGGCCGAGGACGAUACCUGGGCAGGUUUUGCAACAGCCAAAGGCAAAAAAGACAAGAAGAACAAGAAAGGCUUGCUUGUCGAAGAGGAGCCGGCUCCGACACCUGAGCCUGAGGCUCCUGCUGAGACAGACGACCUUUGGAGCUUUGGCAAGAAGGAUAAAAAGGGCAAAAAAGGAAAACUAGCGAGCCCAGAGCCCUCAAUCCCUGAUCCCAUAGUAGAGCCCGAUCCUGAGCCUGAGCCAGCUAAAGAAGAAACGCCCAACAACAUUGCAGACAUAUCUUCGUGGGCAGGUCUGUCGGCAAAAGAACGCAAAAAGAAGGAGAAGGAGGCCAGGAAGAAGGGAUUGAUCAUUCCCGAAGAACCGCCACCACCUCCGCCUGAGCCGGAACCCGAGAUCAAAGAGGAGGAGGAGGACACUUGGGGUGGCUGGGGAACAUCAUCCAGCAAAAAAGAUAAGAAAACCAAGAAAAAGGGGUUCUUUGAUUUUGAUGAUGACCCAGCCCCAGUCCCUGAACCUGAAAUCGAGCCGGAGCCUAAAGUUGAGCCGGAGGACACUUGGGGUACAGUGUCCGCCAAGGAUAAGAAGAAAUCAAAGAAGAAGGGUCUACUUGAUGUUGUAGAAGAACCUCCUCCUCCGCCUCCAGAACCAGAACCCUCGGCCAAAGAAGAGCCUAUCUUAUCGGCAAAAGAAAGGAAAAAGAGGGAGAAGGAGGCAAAGAAGAAGGGAUUCUUCGAUUUCGACGAUGAACCGGCUGCGCCCGAGCCUGUGCAUGAACCUCAACCCGAACCCGAACCACCCGCGAACGAUGACGAUACUUGGGGCGGUUUUGGUCUUUCUGCGAAGGACAAAAAGAAAAAGGAGAAGGAGGCAAAGAAGAAGGCCGCGGCAGCAGCUCUCGAGGCUGAACCUGAGAUUGUAGUUGAGCCCGAGCCAGCCGAAGACAAUGCGAACAACACUUGGGGAACAUGGGGUGCAACAAGCAAAGAUAAAAAGAGUGGUAAAGAGAGCAAGAAAAAGGGCAUUUUCGAGCUCGAUGAGCCGAAGGAGCCUGAGAAACCUCCAGAGGACGAUAUUUGGGGAUCUUGGGGCACGAAAGACAAGAAGAAUAGUAAGAAGUCCAAAGCCAAGGAUGAGCCUCCUCCUCCUGUACCAAGCCCGCCUGCUCAAGGUCUCACUCCGGAGCCAGAUUCCGGUGAAAUGCUGGAUAACGGAGAUACAUGGGCGGCGCUGACGACAACUAAGAGCAAGUCUUCCUCCAAGAAGAGCACAACCCUAGAAAAGGAACAAUCAAAGGCUACCGAGGAGAACAGUACCAAGAUCAGCAAAAGUAGCGCGUGGGGAUUUGGAACGACCACCGCUACAAAGUCUUUAACCAAAAAAGAGAAAGAAGCAAAGGCCAAAAAGGAGGCGGAAGAGCAAGCCAGGAAAGAUGAGGAAGAGAGACUCGAACGCGAAGCUGAAGAGGCUGAAGCAGCUCGGCUGGUUGAAGAAGAGGCUACAGCGGCUGCGAAGAAGUCUAAGACAAAAUCUGGCAAAAUGUCUAAGACUGAGACUAAAUCCAGUAAAUACAAGGAAGCAGAUGACCUUCUUGAGGCCCUUAAUGAACCGACUUCCGGCACAAAAGCAGACAAGACCUCCAAGCUGAAAAAGACUACUUCCAGCAAGGAGGAAAAGACCGAAAGCAACAAGACUGAAGACUACUUUGGUAUCUGGGGUAGUAGUGGGUCGACAACCAAGAAGACAGCUGGCAAAAAGGAGGCCGACGCCAAAAAGGAAAUUGUCAAACAGGGGUGGUCCAAUGAGGACGACGCGCUAGCAGACCUCACGAACGAUCUCGACCUCGAUGUUGACUUCGAAAAGCCAGCAAGCUCCUCCAAGACGGCAAAGGCAAUGACAUCUGGAAAGAAUAAGUUGAGUUCUUCGGUAGCAGAGCGCAUCAAAGCAUUGGAAGGCAAAAAAGAAGACAGCGGAAAGAAGUCGAAGGGAGACACGUCGCUGACUAAGGAUCUGGCUUCGCCUCAAGACGCGCCACCACCCAAAGAGGAAAAAAAGAUCAAGGACAAGGCGCCAGCCUCGAAGUCAACCGUCGUCGAGGCAAAGUCUUCCAGUAAGAAAACCGAGGCGUCUACUAUCAAUGCUGAAAAGAAGUCGAAAGACGCAGUACCUGGAAGCUUCCCUGGCGCGUUUGGUGACGACUUUGACGAUUUUCUCGGGACCGACAACCCAUCCAUGCCGCCGUCGCCGGAGAAGUCUAAGUCGAAGGCUAAGACUGUCGACAAGAAAGGGACCAAAUCAUCGAAGACGGCAACAACGAAAACUUCUGCGAGUAAGGACGUCGGCCUGCUCGACGAGGAACCUUCAAAACUGCCAACACCUCCACCCGAAGAGAAGAAAGCUAGUAAAAAGGAACGGCCGAAAGUUGAGCGAUCUGCCACUUCAUCAUGGGGAUUCUGGGGCGCUGCACCUCCCCCGAAGAAGUCGACGAAAGAGAAGUCUGAGAAGGAGGAUCUUGACGUAGCGCCGAUACCUAAGAAGGAAAAGUCACCCACCGGCUUGACACGUUCCAAGUCAACACGAACACCCAAAGAAAAGGAUCAAGAGGACAAGAAGGAUGCCGAGAAGCUUUCAAAAUCAUCUGGUUCUGAGAAGGACACCAAGACGAAGACAACAAGGCCGACGACAAGCCGUGGUACAUCAUUCUCAAAUUUCAUGUUCGGUGGUCCUCCGCCGUCAGCUAUGCGGCAGAAGACCACUACCCGGAGGUCCAGCAGUGCUGCAAGUUCUCGACCAUCUUCGUCUCGGCGACAGUCCGUGGAUGGCCUCAUGUCGCCUCCUCCAGAAGAAGAGCCUCGAAUUACAGACAAAGCGGCAAAGCUGAUGGGAAUCAAAGGUAGCAAACUUGAACGUCGUCAAUCGGUCAAGAGCAAGUCGAAUGUUCCCGAUCCAUACCCAAUCGACGAUGAUGACAUGGUGAUGAUCCAUACUCAUGAUGAUACUCCUCUAGUCAAUGGUGGCACCACGACGGAGAAAGCUAAGUCGAAGGCAACAAAAUCUAAGAAAGAGGUAGGUGACUUUACCUCCUCGUCCACACCAGGGCAACUUGUCCGGCCAUCCUGGUCGCCAGACUUUGCCAAAGUGACCCAAGCUGACGGACGGAUUUAUUAUACACAGGUAAAGUCCCAUAAAAAGGACCUAUCCCACGACGACGACGUUGUCAUGGUUGAUGCCGCUGGUCAUGGAGACCCUGUGGUUACAAGCGGUCCAGAUGACGUCGCCUUUGUUGACCAUCCACCAGCUCUCAAGAGGAGUAAUACCGCUUCAAGAAAGUCCACUGGAUUUUUCAGCAGCUUCUUUGGAGGUCCGAGAAACGCUGACUCGGAUCGCGAAAGGCUCCGAAGCACCACACUCACCGAUGCCGAGGACCAAGGCUUGCCGAUCCGUACCAAGGACAGAACCAAGCGAAAAGCCCGUGUUGUGGACGAAGAAGGGCUCACCACAGAUGCUCCUGCCGAAACUGAUGCUGACAUGGAGGCUCGUCGAGCCGAACGAAAGGCCAAGCGGCAAGCUCGUGAUCAGGAGGAAGAAGCAGAAAGAGUAGAGCGUGAGCAACGCCGCCGGGAGAGGAGAGAUCGCGAAAAAGCAGAUCUUGAGGCCCGCCAACGCAGAGCACGUGAGCGUGAGAAAAAGGACCGAGAAGAAGAAAAACGGCGGCGCGAAGAGAGAAGGGCUCGAAGAGCAGAGAAGGAGGCACGGAUCCGCAAGGAAGAACUUGAUUUAGAGGCCGAUGCCGAACGACGACGUGAAGAGCGGAGGCGACUACGAGCCCAACUCGAGGCCGAACAAGGGGGUGACCUUGAAAAGUCCAAAGAAGAGCGACGAAAGUCGUACUACGCAGAAGAAGAGGAACGAAGGCGGCGAAGAGAGGGCAAAACCAAAGACAAAGUUCGUGAGAAAUCCAGCCGCAAGAGGUCUAGCGCUCUGGUCGAGGAGUACCAUGAGAGUCGAAGUGGGAGUGGCAAGGGGAUUGCUCCGCCUGCCAACAAGACGAGCUCGUGGGUGAACUCCCAGGCAGACGAACCUCCAGAGAUUCCGCCUGUUGAGGGUACAAUCUUGGAUCCCAGUGGUGAGAAGCCUCGACCAGCUGAGGACGAGCUCGAUCGCAAGCGUCGCAGUCGACAUCAUGAUAGGUACGCUGGCAUGACUGAUGCCGAGAUUGACGAGUAUCGAGCCAAACGCAAGAGUCGUCGCGCGGAGGGCAAGAGUGCCAGUGGUGGUAGCGAUGAAAAAGACAAGAAAGACAGACGGAGACGGCGAGACCGUGAUCCUGCUGCGGAUGGCUACGGUGGCUAUGGGUACGACGAGGCCCCGGUCAAGACGUGGGAUGGUCGACCGACGCUCGCCAGAAACGACAGUAAGAGAAGGAGCUUCUUGGGCGGAUUUUUCUAG